AUUUUGGGACGAACCUACGUCCGCACCAUAUAUAGAACCAAGAGGCCCCUCCCACCCCGCCGACACCUGCAUCAUGUCCUCCGCCAUGGCCUCUGCCGGAUUCUCCGCCCAUAAACCUUCCUGCCCUCGACUCUCCACCAUCACUGCAGGCGACACCUCCCCCGUGGACCACUCACGCAGCUCGUCGCCGCUUUCCUCUGGCUCCUCGCCCGACGGUUCCCGCUCCAGCAGCCGCCGUCGUCCCUCGUGCGGCUCCAUCAAAGAAGACGUUGACGGUAAGCCGAGCAUGUAUCGCUCAAUCGUUUGUGGAUACUCACAUUGAAGAGUCCCCCAAGGAGCAGAAGCAGCCCGCCGGGCCCGAGAUGCAGCAACCGCCGCAAUUCUGCUGCCCCUGCGGCGGCUUCCUCGGUUGGAAGCAGAUCCGACUGGGGGGCCGGAGCAUGAGCCGCAGCUACAGCGACCUGCGAAGCCUCGGGGGGAUGCAGUCUCGUGGCUGGGCCUGGGAGUCGACCCCGACGCCCACGCCGCCUCCCAAGAUCGAUGUGAAGAAGGAGGAACCCAAGGCCGCCCCGGUCCCGGGCUUGUCCCCUCUCGAGAAGAUGCCUCCAGAGGUUCUCGAUCAAAUCAUCUCUCAUCUGGCGAUCGACGUCCCGCCCAACGGCUACGCACCGCGCAACGUGGAUCUGAUUGCCUGCCUGCUCACCUCCCGGACGUUGCACGCGGCCACCCUCGGUGUGUUGUACAGGAACAUGACCUUCCCGCACUCCAUCAUCUUCUCCAAGGCUCUCAACCACAUGUCGUCCUAUCCGGCGCUCGGCACGCUGGUUCGCCGCCUUGAUUUCUCCCACUUCACCUCGGUGGGGCUGGGACGCACCAAGCAGAUGAACGCCGAGAUCCAGAACCUGACCCCGCGCACCCUGCUGCAGUGCCUCGACCUUCUGCCCAACCUGCGCGAGUGCCUGCUCCAGGAGCAUGUGGAAGGCGACCUGAGCGUCGACGUGCUGCGCAAGUUAUUCACCGGCCUGCCCAACCUCGCCGCCAUCGACCUCUGCGGCUGUUCCACCCAGUCCUUCUCGGCCGUCUUCCAAGAGGCCCUGAUCACGGGGCCCAACCUGCCCCUGACCCUGCCGAACCUGCGUCGCCUCUCGAUGCACGAGUGCAGCAGUCUGCCGGCCUCCGCCUUUGAGACGCUGCUCCCGCGCCUCAUCAACCUGACCCACCUCGAUGUCACCCACACCCAGAUCAGCGAGGCGGCCCUGUUCGCCAUCCCCGAGACCGCCCGCAUCACUCACCUGGGCCUGUCCCGGUGCACCCGCCUCCGGGGGCCCCGGGUCGUGGACUUUUUGACCACCCACCCGGCCGUGUGCGACUCGCUGGUCUUUUUGAACUUGCUGACCGAUCCCUCGCGGUUCCGGCUGCUCGACGAGGAGGACGUGUCCCGGCUGCUCCCGAAGCUGCCCGCCACCCUGCGGUCCCUCAACCUGGGCGGCGCCAAGGUCACGUCCGCCCACGCCAACGCACUGGUGCCCCUGACCAAGCACCUGGAGGAGCUGGGCUUGAGCUCCGCCGAGCUGUCGGCCCAGAACAUCAACGCCUUCCUGGCCCCGCCCGCCGUACCCGCCGGCGAGGAGGCGACCCCCUGGGUCCCCUCCGCGCUGUGCUACCUGGACCUCAACCGCGCGCCCCAGCUGUCCCUCGGCACCGUCUUCAACACGAGCACCUGCCUCCUCCUGGGACAGCAGGGCUGGCCCCUGCAGGUCAUCGAGUUCAGCGACAAGCUGAUCGCGCCCCUGCGCGAGCGGACCCGCAACGCCAAGACCAACCUGGGCUGGACGGUGCGCGAACUGGGUCGUCGCGGCUGGUACGUUCGGGAUCCCGCCUCGAUGCCGAACCAGCCGGUCGACGACGGGUCCCGGGGAUGGAAGAUGGGCGCCCGGUGGUGGGGCAUGCGCAAGAUCCCGGUCGCCGUCGGCGAUGUGGGUGGAAUUUACGGACACUACAUGUUCAAGAAAUGACCGACUCGUGACUGGUGUUUCUGCUAUACUUUCUUGUUUACGUUAUACCCUUGUUCAUAUUUUUCUGUUUUGUUCUGUUUUUGUU